GAGGUAACACGGAUGGUGAAAAAUCUGGGAAUGUGUAGACAUUGUUAUGAAACAGGGCUGUAAGCAGGCAAGCCAAUUUCAUACGGGGCCCAAAGCCUCAAACUCAAAGUCUAGCUAUUUUAAAUUUGGAGACGGAAUCUUCGAGCCUAAACGAAACUUCAUAGGAGCCGCCAAAUUUGCAAGUACGCAAAUUAUCAUUUCCUUUUUCCAGUUCAACAUUUCACAGCUGACCCGCAAAUUUGCAAAGUAUGUUGGCUCCCCUGAGCACCGUCGUCUCCAUGACCGCGCACGGCGACAAACCCACCGUCGCAUUCACGACGCCACCCAAUUACGCCGCCCGAAUUUCCCACCUGCUCUCCCUCAACGGCUACGAUCCGCUUUGGUGUCCUACACUGUAUGUCGAACCCACCCCACACACCAUCUCUUCCCUCAAAUCUUACCUCUCUCCUCACACCCUCGACCACUUCUCCGCCAUCGCCUUCACUUCCAGAACCUCAAUCCAAGCCUUCUCAGACGCCGCCGUCAAUCUCACAGAACCACCGCUGUCUCCUUCCGGCGAUGCUUUCACCAUCGCGGCUCUUGGAAAAGACUCAGAGCUUAUUGACCAGACUUUUGUGUCGAAGCUGUGUGAUAAUUCGGAUCGAGUUAGGGUUCUUGUGCCACCCACGGCAACACCGAGUUGCUUGGUGGAGUCACUUGGCGUCGGCGGUGGGCGGAGGGUGUUGUGUCCGGUUCCGCUGGUUGUGCAGCUGGAAGAGCCUCCGGUGGUCCCGAAUUUCAUCAAAGAGCUCCAUGGCGGCGGGUGGGAGCCCAUUAGAGUGAACGCGUACGAGACGCGAUGGGCAGGGCCACAUUGCGCGCACGAGAUUGUUAAGGGAGCCGAGGAGGGACGAUUGGAUGUGGUGGUGUUCACGAGUAGCGCUGAGGUCGAGGGGCUUUUGAAGAGCUUGAAGGAAAUGGGAUUGGAUUUUGAGAGAUUGAAGAACAUUUGCCCAGAACUGAUUGUGGCAUCUCAUGGGCCAGUGACGAAGGCAGGAUCAGAGAGGUUGGGAGUGAAGGUUGAUGUGGAGAUAUUUGAGAAAGGUUCUUCGAGGAAUUCUUUAUUCUUAUAUAAACUUUUGUGUAAUAAAAAUAUGUCAUGUCUUUUCCAAUUUAGUCAAAUAAAAUUUGAUGUAUAAUUAUUGUUAAUGAUUAUCUUUUUAAAAUAGAUACCUGUUUAA